AUGAGUAAAAUAUUGCUUAUCCUUUUUUUAAUCUUUAUCGAUUUAAAAAAAUGUUUUAAAAUAAAUAAUUUAAAUAAUGCCCAACUAUGGGGCAAAAUUGUUUACUCACCCCAAUGCAAUAAUGUAUUUAAAAAAGAAAAAAUUAAAAAAAAGGAAAAUUAUAUUUAUAACUAUUCAUUAAAGGAAAAGGAAAUAAAUCAAGAUGAAACAAACAUAUUUGACAACUCCUACAUUUAUCAUACCCCAGUACUACUCAAUGAAGUAAUACAAGUUUUAGAUACUUCAUUAUUGGGCAGACAAAAUGAUAAAACAGUUAGUAAUUUAAAUACGGAUAAAGAUGAAAUACCAUUGGAUAGGAUAAACACAUUAGUUGGGAGUGAUAAACAAAAACUUUGUGACAAUAUGAACUAUGAUCAAUCCAUUUUGUUGGAUAAACAAAAUGAAUAUUUGAUCGAUGCAACCUUAGGAGGGGGAGGUCAUACUUUAGAAAUUUUAAACAAAUUUCCAAAAUUAAAAGUUAUAUCUAUAGAUAAAGAUAUAGAAGCAAUUUAUUAUAACAAAUAUAAAUUAAAAUCAUAUAUAAAUAAUAAUAGACUUAAACUAAUUCAUGGAAAUUAUAAAGAUAUUUUAUUUUUACUUAAUUAUUAUUCUUUGCCAUUAUUUAAUAGUUAUAGUGCUAUUCUAGUAGAUCUAGGAGUAUCAACACAUCAACUUAAAAGCAGUAAAAGAGGGUUUAGUUAUAAAUAUAAUAAUAUCCUUGAUAUGAAUAUGAAUAAAUAUACUGAAAAAGAAUAUGUAGAAAAUUAUAUAAAUAAAGAAUUUAAGCAAGACAAUGAAAUAAAGGAAUUAUAUAUGACUAGCGAAAUUGAGGAUUGUAAAAAAAUUCAUAAUAUUUUAAAUACAUAUAAUUUAAAAAAAUUAAAAUAUAUUAUACAAAAGUUUGGAGAAGAAAAAAAAGCUUUUAAAAUUGCAAAAAAAAUAAUUGAAUGGAGAAAACAAAAUGGAAAAAUUGUAACAACAUUUGAUUUAAAAAAUAUUAUUCUUUCAACUUGUAAAAAUAAUUAUAAAUCAAAUAAUAAAGUUUUAUCAAGAGUAUUUCAAUCAUUUAGAAUUUAUAUUAAUAAUGAAUUAUUAUCAUUAAAAAAUUUAUUAUUAUCUUCUUAUAAAAUAUUGAAACAAGGAGGAGUGUUAAUUAUUAUUUCAUAUCAUUCCUUAGAAAAUAAGUACAUUGAUUUAUUUGUUAGUAGUAAAACAAAAUUAUGGAAACAAAUUAAUACACACCCAAUAGUACCAACUGAUCAGGAAAUCAAACUAAACAAAUCAUCACGAUCUGCUAAAAUGUUUGUUUUCGAAAAAGUAUAA